CUCUCUCUCUCUAGAGUUUGCUUUCUCUUGAGUGAGAUGUGUGAGAGAGAGAGUCUCAUUCGUGUUCAUUCAUCUAUACUUUUUACGUCCCAUCAUUGAGCGGUCUUCUCUCUCUCUCUAUCUAUCUCUUUCUAAUUUUUCUCUUCUUCACAUUUAGUUUUCUUUCUUCCCCCUAAAACCCAUCCCUCGAACUCACAAGAAGUAAAUAGAAUAAAAUUCAAAUCAGCAAAGAAAGACUUUCCCGUGAAGAGAGAUAUAGUCUAGAGUACGUAGGAGUCUCCGGAGCUGAUCAUAAUAAGAACCAAUUAGAGAGAUCAACCAGUGAUGAUCAAAGGGAAUUAAGAUUCUUAUAGCUUGUAAAUUGCAGCAUAAUUUUCAAAGGGCGGGUUGGCUCUAUUUCCACAGCCAAGUAGUGCACAAGACACAAGGAGAAAAUAAUAAAAACAAGGACUUAGUUUCAGUUAUUGAUCGUCAAAAGUAGGUCACAUCAUACACAUAUAUAUAGUUUAUCAUCAUCGGUUAUUAGUAUAUAGUACUACAUCUUGUCAAGAUUUUGGCCUUUUUGUCCACGAAUAAUGGAUUCGGCUUCAGGUGGUGGCGCCGGUACUAUUACUUCUACUACGGGAUCUUCCGAUCCGAAUACUCGCGGAGGAGAUGGCCCAUCAGCAACUGGGUCAGCAGGCCCGAGUACGGACCAGAGCCCAUUGGCCGCGGCGGCCGUAGCCACGGUGCCGCCGAGCCGGUACGAGUCCCAGAAACGGCGGGACUGGAACACGUUCUUGCAGUACCUGAGGAACCACAAGCCUCCAUUGACGCUGGCCCGGUGUAGUGGCGCGCACGUGAUCGAAUUCUUGAAGUACCUAGACCAGUUUGGGAAGACCAAGGUCCAUGUCACCGGGUGUCCUUACUUCGGACACCCGAACCCGCCUGCCCCUUGCGCUUGCCCGCUCAAGCAGGCCUGGGGGAGCCUCGACGCGCUCAUCGGACGGCUCAGGGCGGCCUACGAGGAGAACGGCGGGCGACCCGAGUCGAAUCCGUUCGGAGCCAGGGCGGUCAGGAUUUACCUGAGGGAAGUAAGAGAAGGCCAGGCCAAGGCCAGAGGGAUUCCAUACGAGAAGAAGAAGCGGAAGCGGCCAACCUCCACGACGGCUACCACGGCAACACUGCUUCCGCCAGGUAGUGUGUCGGUGGGGGUCAGUCAAGGUGAUGACGUGGCUGGCGGCAGUGGCAGUGGAGCCGCCGCUUCCGCCGCCGGGGAGGGUAGUGGUAGUGGCCCUAGUGGGGUCAGUACUGGAGGUGGUGAUAGUGGUGCUCCUACGACGACAGCUCCUGCUACAACCACUACAGUAUAGUUCUUUUUUUUACUAUAUUUUUUCUCUUCUUAAUCUCUCUCUUUUUCCCCCUUAAUAUUUAAUUAUAUAUUAUAAAUUGUGAUUAUGAGUUUAAUGUAUAUCUGGCGAUUCACUUAUAAUUUGGGUAAAUCGACUUCUCCACCAUGAACCAAAUUUAAUUUAGAAAUUUUCCUUUUUCCAUAA